AUGGAGUACACCACUGCAGUGCGAUCGUGCACCUGCCGCACAUCAAGGAUGAAGAUCCUCGUCGCCUUCAACUGCUUCGCUUUCGCUUUCCUCCUUCUUCCUCGAGGAGGCCUCUCGGGAUUCUCUUCGAAAAUACCUUCAACUUCAAGACCCGGUUCUCCUGCAAUUCCUUCAACUCCCCCUCCUAAUCUUCCCCCACCAAAUCCUCCUCCUCCUAAUCCGCCCCCUCCUCCAACGCCCCCGAGUUGUCCCUCUGCUCCAUCUUCCCUCUCGCUGGCAAGCGCACCUUGUGGAGGAUCAAGUACUCUCGCCACGAGCCGAACCUGGGUUGACCGAGUGUUCACGGAGAUCGUCGGGUUGUUCGGAACAGCACUGGGACUGGAGAGGGAUGUGGAUCCCCUCAUCGUUAAUGGAUCCCCGGCCACGAUAACGGAAGCCCCUUUCAUGGCCAACCUCGAUGUGUGGUACCCUAGUGGACUCUACGGACACUGCAGCGCCUCCAUCAUCAGCGAGCAGUUCAUCCUCGCGGCCGCCCACUGCGUUUUGGGUGAUGACACUCAGCGCGCCGCAAAGGUGUACGUGACGGUUGGGUCUGCAGAUAGUACGAAAGGAUCGCCCAUCCUUGCUGCUUCCUUCAAAACUCACCCUGAUUAUGACAAACAUAACAAUGAGAACGGAUUCGACGUUCUCCUAAUCCACCUGCGCACGAGCCUGACCUUCGACUCCAGCAUUCAGCCGAUAUGCUACCCGGUGCAGGACAAUGUCCUGGGAACGGCCAUUUCCGCCUGCGACCAGAAAAUCUAUGGCUGGGGGACGAUGGAUCCCAAUGGCACCGUACAAACCAACAUGUUGCAUAAGCUGGAUGUCGUUGCCUCGUCCCAGUCCACAGAUUGUUCCAAUUUCGCCGACGGAAGAUUCGUUUGCGUCUCGGGAAUUCCCCCCUCCAGUGGAGCCUGCAAGGGAGACAGCGGUGGGCCAUUUGUGGUGCGAUAUGGCGGAAAGGCCUACGUGACUGGGAUCGCAUCGUUCAUACAGGAUCCACACUUGUGUGGGACUUGGCCUGCUUCCUACGCCAGAGCUUCCACCUAUUCUCCUUGGAUUCAGGCUGAGAUAAAUAACGCCCAACAAUGGAGAUGCCCCGAUCCUCCGCCUCCUCUAUUGGCGACAAGCGUCAGGUGUGGAGUGUCGGGAUUUCUACUGGAAAGACAAAGCUUGUUAGCGUCAUCCUGGUAUGGAUCUCCGGGGAGGGAAGUGGAUCCCCUCAUCGUGGGCGGGUCUCCAGCCACCAUCAUGGAAGCACCUUUCAUGGCCUUCUUGGAGAUACAAUUCCCAAGCAGCACCAAGUAUUGCGGUGGUUCCAUCGUCAGCGACCUUUCUAUCCUCACUGCUGCACAAUGCCUGUUCGACGGAAGUACUUUGGCAAGCAGAGUGACAGUCCGGGUUGGGAAUACAGAUCGAACUGUUUCAACUGGAAUUGUUACCCAAUCGUUCACAUAUAAUUUCCUUUUUGACCCACAGAAUCCGAAAAAUGGGUACGACAUAGCCAUGGUCCAACUCCCCUUUUCUCUCGCUUUCGAUGCCACCAUACAGCCGAUCUGUGUUCCGUCGAGUGACAUCGUGUUCGACAGAGCCAUGAGCGAAUGCGAUGAGAAGAUCUACGGCUGGGGGUCCCUUAGCGUCUUUGGUAUUGGCCUCAGCAACACUCUGCAGAAGGCGAAUGUCGUCACGACGUCGGCCUCCACUGAUUGCUCGAACGUGACUGAUGGAAGCGUCGUUUGCGUCCUGACAGAUACCUUAACGAGCGGACCAUGCCGGGGAGACAUGGGUGGACCUCUGGUGGUGCGGUACGGCGGACAAGCUUUCCUGACCGGCGUGGCCACCAGCACCGCUCCUCUCAUCUGUGGGCUCCCGAUUGCGACUUCCUUCACCAGAACUGCUUCAUACGCAUUCUGGAUUCAGCUGAAUGCAAUUGGUUGACGUAAUGAUAUUCCUUUCAUGAAGU